ACAACCAAACUUUAUCAGACAGCCAUCCCCCACAUUAGCCUUAUAUCAUUUCAGUUCAUUCUCCGCAAUACCGCCUUUACUAAAAUCAGUCCAACCACACACACUGCACACACUACAGCCCCCUUCAUUUCUCUCCAUACACACAACACACCCCUCUCACCACAUUCUCAAAGCCAUGUUCAAAUCCAUCACAUUCUUGUUCAUUUACCUCUUUACCACCUUCUUCUACCUACCAGCAGCCCUGCCCAUUUUACCUGACCCGGACCCAGCCACCGUCCAGACCCAGACCCAGACCCUCCAUCACCCCCCGCCCUCCCCACCCGCCACAAUCCCUGCCUUCCCCGAGCAAUCCGAGCUCUCUGGUUGCCCCCUCGACCUCUCAGAAGACCUCUUCCACGGCGUCAAAUCGGCGUGUGGCUCCAAAUCCCACCACAAACCCGACCCGAGUUCCUACGCAGAUCAGCUCCACCGCAGCCGCUGCUGUCCUGUCUUGGCCGCUUGGCUGUACUCCGCCUACUCAAAAACCGGACUACGCGCAACAACCAAGGCGCCCCCUCAGACGACGCCGUACGACAUGCCCGUGCUGCCCGAUGACUCCGAGACCUGCGUGGACACUCUGGAGAAGGCGCUGGGCAACAGAGGCAUACAACUGGGGAGGCCGAACGAGACGUGCGACGUCGUUUACUGUUACUGCGGGAUCAGAUUGCACCCCUUCAGCUGCCCGGAGGCAUUCUGGGUUAACUCCCGCGGGAAAUUGGUGGGCGGGGAGGCUGUGAAGAAGUUGGAAAGAGAUUGCUUCAACGGGGGAGGAGGUGGUGGUGGGCUCGGCGGAUGUUCCAAGUGCCUCAACAGCCUUCAUUUGCUCAAUGGGGAUAAAGCUGGAAGAAAUAACCAAACAGAGAGGACGAGCAGAAUGCAUAACCAGGACUGCGAGCUGAUGGGUCUAACUUGGCUUCUCAACAAGGACCGAUCUGCAUACAUACAUACCGUUUCUGCUGUUUUGAGGGCUCUCAUGAUGAACACAGAAGAAGCAUCCGAUCCCACAUUUUGCAGUCUCAACAGUGACGGCAUGCCGCUUGCGGUUGAUUCUUCAGAAAUCAAUAGUCAAUCUUCAUCAACAAUUGUGGCGAUGCGCCUUCAUCAGUAUUUUCUGCCACUUUCAACGUUGUAUAUGAUUAUUCUUUUCUUGUUCACUCGGUUUUAAGCAAGAUAGUUCCAUGUUAUCAACUUCAUUUGUUGUUUAGUAUGCGGCAGAAACGCGUCAGUGUGCUUUGUUACUUUAGCUUAGUGCGCUUUGUGAUUCCUUUUUGUCUUAUGCCCUGUAAAUAGACCAAGUUGGGCGUGGUUGAUGUUAACCCGCUUCUGUUUCUACUGUUUUGAAAUCAAAACUGUAGGUAUUUUAAUCCUUCUUACCAUCUCUGUCA